CCUCUCCAAAUCGUUCUUGGGCGCAGGAGACCCGGGACCGCCUGCCCCGGUUCUGUCAGCCUCAACGGUAGCGGUCGCCCGGCACCUCUUCGGCGCCCCGCAAUUUCCCGGGCGGCUUUCCCACGACUGGCGUCGUUGUCUCGGUCGCAGCAUGGCCCGGCGGCGCUUCCCAAAGGGGAGAGGAAGGGAACCACCGCGCGGGAGGGGAAUCUCCCCUCAGGGCUCUUCGUCGUAAGCCGCGUCGCCUCCCCCACCCUCCAUCCCAGACUGAGAAUCGGGCGCGUUCCCCCUCCUCCAUCCGGCUAACCUCGACCAAUCGAAAAGAUGCGCACGUGAUAAGCGUUCCCAACGAUGACUUCAUCCCUGGUGUGGGAUGACGUCAAAUUCAAGAUGGAUGGAAUCACGGCGGUGGCGGCGGCGCGCGCGGGUGAAUCGUAAAAGGAGACCGCCGAAGGGGGAAGGAAAGGGGGUGCGCGGAAGACUACAUGGCAUAAAGAAUUCAAAGUCAUUGCCAAUUAAGGAGUAAAUGCAGUCCUGAAUCUAAGAUUUCUCUUGUUUGGAAGUGUUUUCAAGAAGAAGAAAAAAGCAUUUCUGAUAAACUUAAUCAUGGAUGGACUUUUGCAUUAUAUAAAUCCCGCACAUGCUAUUUCUCUUUUAAGUGCUUUAAAUGAACAGCGUCUGAAAGGACAACUUUGUGAUGUUGUUCUCAUAGUAGGAGAUCAAAAAUUUCGAGCUCAUAAAAAUGUUCUAGCUGCCAGCAGUGAAUACUUCCAAUCUCUCUUCACUAAGAAAGAAAAUGAGUCUCAGUCAGUAUUUCAGCUUGAUUUCUGUGAACCAGAUACCUUUGAUAAUGUAUUAAACUAUAUUUAUUCAUCAUCUUUGUUUGUUGAAAAAAGCAGUCUGGCUGGUGUGCAAGAGGUAGGCUACAGUCUUGGAAUUUCCUUUCUUACUAACAUUGUAUCUAGAAGUCCUCAAGUUCCGUUGCCUGCAUGUCCGAUCAAGAAAAUACUAUUCCAAGAAGAUGAUGAAAGUGGCUCCCAGAAAAGAAGUGUCAUUGUUUGCCAGAGCAAAAAUGAAACACAGGGGGAAAAUCUUGGUCAAACCUUCCAUGAUAUAAGCCAUAGUUCUAAUUUUUUGUCAUCUGUUGCUAUCAAAACUAAGUGGUCACAACAGUCAACUGAAUUUCAACAUAGCCUAUCACUAAAUGAAAAGAGAUGGUUGAAAGAUAGUUCUUUAAGAUACUCAAAGACCCAUGAAUCUUCAGUUACAAUGGAUGAUCAAAGUAGAAUGAAAAGAAAUGCAAUAUUAUCACAGAAAUCUUUUGUAGAGAAAGAACUGGCAGUUGAUGAACUAGGAGAAAGUGAUCAACUAUUAAGAGGAAAGGCAGAGGAAGUAUCCUUGAAACAGGUUUGUCCACCUGCUGAAACUGUAAGCAGUUCAUCAGAAGCCACAUUUUUGCUGAAUGAAAGAAACAAAGGAACUAGUUCAGGUGAAGACAGGAAUUUACUAUACUAUUCAAAAUUAGGAUUAGUAAUCCCAUCUAGGAUAGCUGGUCCUGAAAGCCAAAGUACUGACAGGAGUGGAUCACUUGUAAAAAGUCUUCUUCGAAGGUCAUUGUCAAUGGAUAGUCAAGUUCCUAUAUCUUCACCUUCUAUUGAUUUAAAGCUUUCUCAAGGAUCUUCAGUGGGGAACAAUGCACAAGGAAUAAUGUUGAAUGUAAUAUCACGAAAGUCACCCAUGAAAGAUACUUCAGAAAUAGCAGCUUCUGAUGAUAAGACACAGAUAAUGCAUCCACAUCGUCUCAGAUCCUUCAGUGCUUCUCAAUCAACAGACAGGGACAUGAAUUCUCAAGAAGUACAGAUUAAAAUGGAACCUAGCAGUCCACUUUCAGAUCCAUCUGAAAUUAUAAGAAUUACAGUGGGAGAUACUUUAUCAUCUGUCAACAAAAGUGACUGUUUUAAGACUGAAGAUGACCACAGGGAACUCACUAACUCUUUUAAAGCAGAAGAUAGCGAGCUCAAUAGACUUCCAGCUAAAAGAAGAUUUCAAGCAGACAGAAGGCUACCACUAAAAAAAAUGAAGGUAGACCAACAUGUUUCCCCAGAGUCAGAGGACAAUUUUGAAGAGAAUUUGAAUCCUGUACCCUUUGUUGAUUUCCCAGAUUCUGAUGUUAGCAGAGAUGAAUGUGGUGAACUGGAGGAAAUAAAGCCUAACAAAAAAUUUAAGUGCAAACACUGUCUUAAGAUUUUCAGGUCAACAGCAGGGCUACAUCGUCAUGUCAAUAUGUACCACAAUCCAGAGAAACCAUAUGCUUGUGAUAUUUGCCAUAAGAGAUUUCACACAAACUUCAAAGUUUGGACCCAUUGCCAGACACAACAUGGAAUUGUAAAGAACCCCUCGCCUGCUUCUAGUUCACAUGCUGUCUUAGAUGAAAAAUUCCAGAGGAAAUUAAUUGAUAUUGUAAGAGAAAGGGAAAUUAAAAAGGCUUUGAUUGUUAAAUUAAGACGUGGAAAACCAGGGUUUCAGGGACAAACUAGUUCACAAGCUCAACAAGUCAUCAAAAGGAAUCUGAGGUCAAGAAAUAGAGGAGCUUACAUUUGUACCUACUGUGGGAAAGCGUAUCGCUUCCUGUCGCAGUUUAAACAGCAUAUAAAAAUGCACCCAGGAGAAAAACUGGUUGGAGGAAAUAAAACUCUUAUUAAACCAAAAGAAGAUAGUCGCAUUGAAAACCCAGUGGAAAACAAAAAAGUUUAUCAGUGUCGCAUUUGUAAUGCUAAACUUUCAUCUCUUACUGAACAAGGAAAUCAUGAGCGGCUAUGCCGGAAAGCAACAGUUUGUGCUUACUGCAGUCUUCUGUUUUCUUCUCCAGAACUGAAGCAUGACCAUGAAGUCACAUGUGAAUAUAAGAAGCUCACUUGCUUAGAGUGUAUGCGAACUUUUAAAUCCUCCUUCAGUAUUUGGCGCCAUCAAGUUGAGGUGCACAAUCAAAAUACUAUGGUUCCAACAGAGAAUUUUUCUUUACCAGUUUUGGAGCACAACGGUGAAGUAAGUAAUGCUUCAAAACCACAUUAUCAAGCAGAGCCUAACAAAAUUGGUAGCUUUCUUGCAGCUAAAGAAGAUGGUGUAUUUAGUGAUUCCUCAGAGCAAAUCAAUUUUGAUUCAGAAGAUUCCUCAUGCCUUCCUGAAGACCUUAGUGUUUCCAAACAGCUGAAAGUUCAAAUCAAAGAAGAACCUGUGGAUGAUGUAGAAGAGGAGAUCUCUGAAAGUAUCCGGGAACCAAAGGAAAGCAUUGCUAAUAAGGAGACUGGUUUGUGGCCCUGUGAAAAAUGUGGAAAAAUUUUCACCGUACACAAGCAGCUAGAGCGUCAUCAAGAGCUUUUAUGUUCAGUGAAACCCUUUAUUUGCCAUGUGUGUAAUAAGGCUUUCCGAACCAAUUUCCGACUGUGGAGUCAUUUCCAGUCCCAUAUGGCACAAGCUUCGGAAGAACCUUUGCGAAAAGAACCUGAGAUGUGCUCUUCUGCUAAUUCUCCUUCACCACCACCUUUGCCUCCACCCCCUCCGCUUCCCAAAAUACAGCCUUUGGAACCAGAUAGCCCUACAAGCCUGUCAGAAACCCCUUCAGGUAGUGAGAAAUUAUUUGUUCCACAGAAGUCUGACACACUUUUUUAUCAUGCACCACCAUUGUCAGCUAUCACAUUCAAAAGACAGUAUAUGUGCAAACUUUGCCAUAGGACAUUCAAAACUGCAUUUAGUCUUUGGAGCCAUGAACAGACACACAAUUAAAGAAAACUUUUAAAAGAGUGCCUAAAGAAAGUUUCAAAUAUCUGUUUAAUUUCUGUGAUGUUUCUGAAAUUGCAUCACUGAAAGUAGAUUAUAUAUAUAUAGAUAUAUAUAAUAUAUAUAAGGCAUACACAUGCAAAGGGUAAAAAAACUCUCAAAAUUAAACUUGAAAUUUGUGAUGCUGUGUUUUGGAUAUAGAAAUGAAAGUAAACUAAAUUUAUCCUUACUAGAGAAAAUUGUGCAAACUUUUUGAUAUUGUGAUUUCAGAUUUCUUAGUUAUAGAAUAUUUGCAUUCAUUAAAUCUGAAUAUAUAUUUCUCAUAAUGUUAUACUGGUAAACAUGGACAUGUAAAAAGAAUCAGUGACUUAAGUAUUUAGAGUACAGCAAAAUUUCAUGCUAGUUGUUUUUACAGAAAAUAACUCAUGAGCGCCAUAUAUUAGUCAUUCAUUUGAUGUUAAGGGAAGAAAUGGAUUGAGUGCUUUGCUGUGUUGGCCUUGGUCCUGUUGAACAUUAGCAAUAAUGAAUAAAACUUCAAUUGAAUUGAAUUGACCCUUAUUGAAAAAGGUUGCUUAUCUUGGAAUAAUUUCAUUACUGGAAUUUCCUGAAUGAAUAUUGUACAAGAUGUAAUCAAAGUUUAGCAAUAUGUGAGCAAUUGGAUGUUUAUACAUAUACAAGUAAUCCACAACAUACAAUAAUAAUUGAGCCCAAAAUUUCUGUUACUAAAUUAAACAUUUGUUAAGUGAAUUUUGCCCCAUUUUACAACCUUUCUUAUCACAGUUGUUAAGUGAAUCAUUGCAGCUAUUUAGUGACAUGGUUGUUAAGUGAAACUGGCUUCCCAAUUGACUUAGCUUGUAAAACGAUCGCAAAAGGUGAUCACAUGACCUCAGGAUACUACAGCUAUCAUAAAUAUGAGUCAUUUGCCAAGCAUCUGAAUUUUGAUUACAUGACCAUGGGGAAUGUUGCAAUAGUCGUCAAUAUGAAAAACGGUCAUAAGUCACUUCUUUUCAGUACUGCUGUAACUCUGAAUGGUAAUUAAAUGAACUACCUGUAUAGUAGGUGUGAACCUUCCUUUGGUUGCCUUAAAAAAGAUUCUUAAUGUUGGAAUAUGAUACAGUGCUUAUCUGGUCCUCAGAGGCUGAUAGUUUUAUAUUUUAAUACACAGAAUUAAUGUAAGAAGAAGAAGCAAAUUGAUAUUCUAAUGCAAACUAUUUCAUUUUUGAAUGAAAUAGCAUUUAAUAGAUAUCAUAAAUUAAAUUCUUCUUUGCUUCUGAUCCAUAUUGGUGCUUAUGUUUCAUUGAAAUGAAAAGUAUGAAUAUGAACAUUUUAAAAAUGAGAAAAUUCAUUUCCUUAACUGAGUAAUAGGGCCCCCCGCCAAGGCUGCAAAAAAGUGUUUGGAAAAAAAGUUCAAAUGUAAAUAAUUAUGUAAGUAUAAAUGAAAAAUGAAUAGAAAAUUUAUAUUAAUUAUGCUUAGGUGAAAGUGCAGGAAGAAAUGCAACACCCAAAAGCAAUGUAUUUCAUAAAUGAAAAUCCACAAUGAACUUUUAUAUCCAGUAUCCUACUUUCAGCACCUUUUUGUUUUGUUCAUUUAAGAUUAAAGUGAUUAGAAUAUUGAGCCAUAAUCUAAUGCAAAUUUAAGCCCACUGAUUUUCCUUGGCAAAAAUGCCUGUGUACAUUCAGUGAUAGUUAAAAUAGUGUUUCCCAAUGUGGUGCUCUUCAAUUUCAUAAUUUCCCACCAAAUAUGGCCAGUUUAGAAACACCUCAAACAGUUCAUUUUAAUGUGUGUUUUAUUUAUUCACAGAGACAUCUGCACUCAUGCACGUGUACAGUUGCAGCAUCUAUAAACAACUUUCCCAAACAUGCAUGUGUAUUCAUCAAUUGUAAUACAACAUCCUUACAUAAGAAUUCUUGUUCAUUGAUUUCUUCUUUUGGUAUAAUACAACCAUUGUAGUAGACAAGCUUCCUAUAUCAGUUGUCCUACAAUUAAAAUGGACUGAUACAGUGGGAUGAUGAGUUGUAGCAUCCAUAUAUGACUAAGUAGAAUAAUUAAUACAGAAGUCUGCCAAGCAAUUGGAGUUCUAUUUCCUGCUGAAAAAUUAAAAUUUAACCAUGGUUUUAUUUUAAGUUUGAUCUAGUGUCCAUAUAUUAGAAUGAAUGAUAAGAAUGUGAGUACUGUAGAUGCAUCAACUGAUAUUUUAGAUUGUGAUGUAAGAAUUUUUUUGGGAGCUAGCAUAAUUGCAAGAUUCAUUUAUUUUAUGCUAUUUAAAAACAAAUGGAAACUUGUUGAGUUUCUAGAAGAAAAAAGAACAAUAGGACACUAAUACUAGAAUCUAAUAGAAAUGAAAUAUGAGCAGUAAAUAAAAUGUCAUUGUCAGUCACGUUAUUAGAGCAACUUAAAAUUACAAUAUUUUUUAAAGUUAAAAAUAAGAUCUAUAAAAUACAUGUGAUCUAGUGAGCUCCAUGUAAUGUUUAUUGGGGUUUUAAAAUUUUAUUUUCUAUAGUUCGCUGAUCAAAAGUUGCUGUAGAAAAUAUGGGUUGACAAAUCACUUUUGGAUUAAAUAUGGUAAGUUCUUGAAUGGCCAUGAUCCAAAUAUUAGUAAAUAAUUUAAGAAAGGCAGAAAUAAGUUUCACAAGAAAGCUGUAUAACAAAUAUUGAGGCCCUUGCAUCCAGCUUUUGGUGAAAUCAUACUUUAUUGUGGGAAUUGUAGGAUAUUUCUGGGCAUCAACAGUUGCCUGGAGCGGUUACUACAUUAUCGCUGUUAACGUCCUUUUGUGCCUGGGCUUGAUUGAGAAUCACUUGCCUAUGCUGAUGAUUGAGAAGUUUAACCAAGUUUGCAUGGUAUCCAUACUUAAAUGAACUGAGUUCCCAAGAUCAUAUGAUAAGUUCUCUCACCACAACUGGCUAAAAUGAGUGAGUGGAUCAGAGAAAGGCAUUUGCAAAACACAUGCUAUUGCAAGAAAGCUAUACGAUUACAUCCACCUGGCCACCAAGUUCUCCCAAAAUAGUUACUCUUCGGUGAAUAGUGUGUUGUGAGAAGAAAGCUUUUGUGAAUCCUAACUCUAAUGUGAUGGAUACAUUUUUCUCAACCAAAGGCCAUUCUUGACCUUUCAGUGGCAUGAUGGAGGGUAUAUUCCAUGAAAUACUUAUGAGGUCUGGGGGGAAAAACUAAAUUUAUAUUUAAUUAUAUUAAAUGUGUUGAAAUGAUUAUUAUCCCAGCAUUUAUUUUUUACUAUUUUCAUACAAAUCAAUUUCCUUUUGCCCUGCUGUCAGAUAAAGAAUUACAAUUUAACAAAAGUAUUUGAAUACAGUAAUUUUUGGGGUCUGCAUACAAGCCUUUCAGACACUAUUUGUAACUGGGCUCUCAGGUUGUGAGUCUAUGAAGUUUAAUAAAGUUGUUCAGAAAGUUUUAUUCAGAAGCAAUCUUUAUAUUAUUAAAGAAAUUUAAAAAUAAUUGUCAGAAUUAGUUUUGAGCAUGCUUUUGUGUAGUCUUUUUUUUUUAAAGAGGUAAACAUCUGACUUUAAUUUCCUCAAGCUAUAAGGAAAAAGCAAUAACUUAACAGCAAAGUUUACAAAUAAAUUAUCUUCUUAUUCCCAAACUAAACCAUGUACUUUAUUUUUAUUUUGAAAAUAUAAAUGAAUGUAUAAAAAGCUAAUAUCUUUAGAACAAGGUUCAUAUACAUGCAGUUUCUGAACAAUGACAUUUAUUUUUAACUUCAGAAUAAAUGAACUCUUGAUCAUUAAAAAGAAAAGUGAAUUUACAUUCUUCUGCUUGUUUAAACUGAAUGGAGCCAUUGCUAUUUUUGUGGUAAACAUUGCAUACCUAAACUAGACUCUCACAGAAUAUUUUCUCAGUUCAGCAUUUCUCCUGUCAUCCCAUUAUAGUGCCUGCAUGGAAAACUUAACAUGACCCAGAGAUUUAGUCAGCCGUUUUUUUGAUCUAUUGCAUUACAACAAAUAUAUGCUGCUUUUGCCUCUUUUGCUUUGGAGUUAGAUAUUAACAUACUUUUUCAGAGUUUGUUACUAUGUGCUUGAAGAUAGCUGUUGCUACUGCUAUAUGGGGGGAAUAUGUGAACCAGCUCUGAUGAUCUCUCGCUGCCUAUACACAAGAUUUGGUCAUCAUUCCCAUUACCACAGCACUUCCUCGAUUUCUUUUAAAAUAUGCACAACACUUCUGAAUCAUACUUAAACCAGUAACAAAAAGGUUGACUUUUAUAGAUUAUAAUUCCCAUUUCUUUCAGCCACUUAACUAUAUUUCAUUUUAAUGGGGCUUCUAUUAGAAAACCUCCAACUAUUGAAUGUCUAAUUAACAACUCUGCUAAACAUGCUCGCCCUACCAUUAAGUCUAGAUUUAGUAGAAACUCUCCUAAGUCUUAUUUAAUAAAUAUAUAUUGCUUGUAAUAAAAGAAAAAUCAACAUGCAUUUUAUUUACAACCGUACAAUUAUUUUUAUAUUAUACAAACAAUAAAGAUAUUGAUUUACUGCUCAGAUCUACAUUUUAUUAAAUACAGUUCAUACUUUCUAAUUUAGAGCUUAACAUGAGAUAAAGAUUCAAAAUUAAAAAUAUCACUAACAAUAUGCAUAGUAGGAUACAUGUAUCUACUAUUUUAGUUAUAAGUAUCUAGUUUAAUUACUAUUUGCAAAUUCAUACCAUAUUUGCAAAAAUGACGCUUGAAAUUAAAGUUCAUUAAAUAACUGGAAUUCUACUCUAGCAAAGAUUUAUUAUCUAUAUGUGAAUUUAUUGUAGAUCCUAAACAAUAAAAUUUAAAUAUUUUAUUUAAAACAAGCGCUAUGCUAAACUCUUUUCAUAAAUUAAUCUUUCUAAAAAGGCAUGAAAUAAGAGGAAAAUUCUAAAAGGAUCAUUCUGAAUUUACAUGCCUAAGUAGCAAAUACAUAUGAACAUUGUAGCAUUUUAACAAAAACUUGGUUUUGUUUUUAUAAAGUGGAAUGGAUAAUAGUAGCCCAAAUGGUUCAGAAACAUCUUCAGUUAUUUAAUUGUGGAUACUGUAAUACUCUAAGUAGCAUUUGAUUUAGUGAAAGGUAGCUUUUUAUCAUCUUCCAAUAAUUGCAUAUUGAAAAACAUACCCCAUUUUUCUAAAGGUGCAUUUGCUUCUUCUAUCUUUCCUAAUUAUAGCAGCAAUGUUCACGUUUUUGCACUGCUGCCUCUGGCACAGUAAAAUAGCUGAAUAUAUCCAGUAAUCCUCAUAAAAACACAACAACCAUAGAGCUCAGCAAAUCCUAAUAAAUCCUACCUGCCAAUACAGUCAAAAAGCCAGUAUUUUUUAUUGUGAACUACAUCACACCCUUUUAAUUAUUAAGAUUUUAUCAUAAGAUCUUGUGUUUUCUUUGAAUGAUGUACCUCUUAGAUUAUAUGUAGACGGAAAUAGAGGGGGGAAAGAUAUUAGUGGUUGUUCUGAAGUCAUAUGUAAUUAAAUUGAAUUUUGAAAUUACAAGAUAUACCAAACCAGGACUUUUAGAAGCUAUCAAAGGCAAUAUGGUUAUAAAUUGAUAGUCAAAUAUUAAUCUUUAAUUAAAAUUAAUUUAGCCUUACUCUCUUAGAUUUUGCUUAUUUUGUUAAAAGAAGACUGUUUACAUUUUAUUGCCUGAAUGUUGGAUACAAUUAAAGCACACUAAUUUUCUUCCUCCUGCAAUGGCAAUUAUCUAAUCAGUACUAAAACCAAGUAUAUUGCUGACCACAAAUGCAACAGGGAGUCAUUUUUAAUAGAAUAGCUGGGUUACCUUAUGUUUCCCAGUAAUAAAGAAAGAUGAGCACUCCAUAAGGUUUUAAAUUUAUUAACACUUCUUAUACUGAAAAAGAUAUCUAAAAUUUGACUUUCUAAGGUUGAUUAAAGUUAUUUUACUUUUUAAAAAAGCCAUUGAAUUCAGUAGAUCCAAAUAGUACCCUAUUCACAGUUUUAGCACUUGCAUGGUAAGAUGUUGAGAUAUUAAAAUUUCCAGAUUUUUUUAUAGUUCUUGUAUAUGAAUUGUGUGGAAUAUAUGAAGUUUGUAUUUCUGAUGAGGGGUUUUUUUAUAGUACUUUACUAUUUAUUGUCCUUAGAUGAUUACAAAUACAACCAGUUUCAUUUUGAGUGUCUGUAAAGUGAUUCUGUAUAGCCAAUAGAUGAAAUUUAAAUGCUUGACAAAAAUAGAUUUUUUAAAAAAAUGACAAAAGGCCUACUUUUUUAUGAUAUUGCUGUCUAAUUUUGGGGACUGCAUUACAAAAGCACGUGGAGUAAUCAUGUCCAAGAAAUAACCAGGAAUAUAAUUUAAAUUCUAUUGAGUUUUUUUCUGGUUUUAAAGUAAAGAUAUGUAACAUAAAUCUGAAAGCUGUUGUUAUAAUUAUGUAUAUCUUGUAUACAUUAGUUUACUAUCUAUGUUAAUUUUAAAGUAGAAAUCUAACUUUUUUAGAAUUGAAAAUUCCUAAUUUCAAAUUCUUUUAAUGUAAUGUUGCUGUUUUGUAUUACUUUUCUACUGUAUGUUUUAAUUAUAUAGUUCUUUAUUAAGAAAAUAAGGAGUAAAAUAAACUUGUUCUCUAGAGUAUUUAUUUAUUAUUUAUUUAUUAUUUCAAUUUCUAUACCGCCCUUCUCCCAAAGGACUCAGGACAGUUUACAGCCAGAUAAAACAACAGAUACAAAAAUUAAAAAACAAAUUUAAAAGACUGAUUCAAAAUUGGCUGAAAAUUCUAAAAACUAAUAAAAACCCCAUUAAAAACUAUUAGGCCAGUCCUGCGCGGUGGAAUAAAAGAGUCUUCAGCUCGCGUUGGAAGGUCCAGAGGUCAGGGAGUUGGCGUAUCCCUGGAGGUAGCUCGUUCCAGAGGGCUGGGGCCCCCACAGAGAAGGCCCUCCCCCCGGGGGUCACCAGUCGACAUUGUCUGGCCAACGGCACCCUGAGGAGACCCUCCCUAUGGGAGCGCACUAGUCGAUGGGAGGCCACCGGUAGCAGCAGGCGGUCCUGUAAAUAACCCAGUCCUAUGCCAUGGAGCACUUUAAAGGUGGUAACUAACACCUUGAAUUGCACCCGGAAGACCACCGGAAGCCAGUGCAGCCUGCGCAGGAUAGGUGUUAUAUGGGAGCUUUGAGUUGCUCCCUCUAUCACCCGUGCGGCCGCAUUCUGAACCAUUUGGAGCCUCCGGGUACUCUUCAAGGGGAGCCCCAUGUAGAGAGCGUUGCAGUAGUCCAGGCGGGAAGUGACGAGGGCGUGAGUGACUGUGCAUAGAGAAUCCCGAUCCAAGAAGGGACACAACUGGCGUAUCAGGCGAACCUGAUAAAAAGCUCCUCUGGCGACGGCUGUCAUAUGCUCUUCUAAUGACAGCUGUGCAUCCAGAAGGACGCCUAGAUUGCGGACCUUCUCCGUGGGGGCCAAUGACUUGCCCCCUAAAGUCAGCGAUGGAUUCAGCUGAUUGUACCGGGAUGCCGGCAUCCACAGCCACUCAGUCUUGGAAGGGAAGUGAUUCUCUCUCAUAUUAAAUAUUAUAGCAAUAUUCCAGUUCUUAAUAACAAAAUAAAAUCCUUGUUAUUUAAGUGUGACUGUCUACAGAUCAGGUUCUUAUAUCAUCAUCACUCCUGAUUUGCUCUACCAUGGAAUUAACAUACCAUAAAGAAAUAAUUUAUAACCCACAAUGGCUGGUUUCAUGUAAGAUAUUAUACCAAAAUCACUAAAAAGCAUUAUGUUGUGGUGUCAUAAAAUGUCAUCCUGUCCAUGACAUGUUUACUUGGGAUAAAAACUGCAGGGUAACAGUUAUAUUUUAUUCAGGCUGCUCAGAUGUAAACCCUAAAGCAGGGGUGUCAAACUCAAGGCCUGUGGGGUGCUUAGAUCCGGCCCACGGGGCUGCCCUGGAAACAGCAGAGGACUGGCCUGAAAUGCCUCUGCCAGUGAAAACGGAGCUUGUGAGGGCUGUGGGCGGCUCUCCCAAGCUCUGUUUUCACUGGCAGAGGGUUGUGGGAGGCCAUCGCAGCCAAAAACAGAGCUCGGGAGUCCAUUUUCUCUGGCAGAGUGCUCAGGGCAUCACAGGCACCCCUGACACAAAUGAAGUUGAACUGGCCAUACCCUCCCUGGCCACGCCCACUUUGCCCCCCCCACCCCGAGGUCAAAUACAACCCUGGCCACAAUGAAAUAGAGUUUGACAGCCUUGCCCUAAAGAGUUCAGUUAAGCAUACUCACAGAUAACUAUUAGGUGCCAUCCCCUAUACAUAAAUGGAGGAUUGAAAUGUAAAGACUAUAAACUAUGCACAUUUAGCUAAAUAUAUCCUACUAAAUGUAGUUAGAUCUUUUUUCAAUUAAAUACAGAAUCGGAAGAUAUGUAGCAAUUUUUCACAUAACCUUAAGUGAUAGCUAAAUGAGAAAGUAGCACAUAUAAAUUAUACCAGGGGUGAAAUACUCCCAGUUCGGUCCAGUUCACCCAAACCUGUAGUAAAAAAGGCUACUGGUUCACUGAACCGGUAGUAAAAAAUGUAAAAAAAAAAAAAGUUCCAACCAUCAGGUGAGCGAUGUGCAAUCGUUGGAACUUUUUUAAAAAACUUUUUUAGCAUUUUUUACUACCAGUUCUCUGCUUUUUUCUCUGCUUUUUUCUUUUGCUGUGUUUUUUGUAUUUUGUGUUUUAAUAAGUUGGAAAUUUAAUAAAUAUCAUUUUAAAAAAAAAGUUUAAAAAAGUUCCAAAGAUCAUGAGUCGCUCAGCUGAUCAUCAAAACUUUUUUUUACUUUUUAGGCAUUUUUUUACUUUUUUCUCCGGAAUCGGUAGUAAAAAUGUUUUUAAAAAGUAAAAAAAGAGGCUCUGACGAUCACAGCUGUGGCGCACGAUCAUCAGAGUCUUUUUUUUACUUCUAAAAGCAUCUUUUUACAACCUUUUCGCCUGAAUAGGUUGUUAAAAUGCUUUUAAAAGGUAAAACAAAGCUCUGAUGAUCACAGCUGAGCUGCGUGAUUGUCAG